GUAGCUACAUCGAUUUAGUAAAAUACCUGGGUGACCGUGCGUAGAUUUUACGCUGGGUAUUUGCUUGGUAAAACAGCCUGUUUGUCGGCUAGUUCGUUUAAAAUGACUCUUGUUAUGUUCGACAAAAUAAAGUAUGGAGCUCCAUCAGUGUCAGUCUCCUCUUUGAAGUUGUGUCUUGGAUCAGAAUGCUCAUUGCAGCCUAAAGCAACGUGAAUUUGCCAGAACUUUUCACUGUGACACACACCCUUACACUUGGAAGCAGAAAGAACUUAGUUGUCAGUCGACCAAUGAAAUCGUAAUGUCUUAUUUCUUAACCCAGUUCUUUCAACUUUGUUUUUAAAUAAUACGUUUGGUAAACUCAUAACCCUAAACAUCAAUGUAGCUGUUGAAAAAAAAAAUUCUGCCCGCUUGUUCUGACGCUGUUUACAACUGUCGAGUCAUUGCAGGAGUGCACAGUUCGAAUUACUAGUCUUGAGUUAAAAAUGGACCAGCCCAUCUGCCCUGACGUGACUUCAUUACUGGGUAAUGGGUCAUGCCACUAUAUGAACUAAAGACCCGUUCUUGGAAUUGGCGGGUAUGCCGAACAGGUGUGAAACCCCUCCAACAUUACGGUACAGUAGGACAAGCACAUCGGGGGGCUGUUUACCCACAGUCUGGCCCACUGCCACUCACUGACCUAUCGACUCAACUUAUGUUUUAUGUGGAUUAAAUCUAAAUUCAGUGAUACUGUAUUUUCCGAUUGCACAUAGUGAAAUGACGAUCUGGGCAUCUAAUUUCGGGACACAUCAGCGAAUUGUGUUCAUAUAACUCCAUCCAGCAUAAUUGGCCCUGGGAGUAUGUUAACGGAGAUAUGACGCACUUUGCUCCAACUAUAAAUACCGCGCGGAAACGUGGUUUUGUUUACCCAUUAACUUCUGUCCUAUACCCUCAAAAGACAAGCACGCGGAAUGGAAAUGGACGUAGCAACCAUCAGACCUUCGUUUUUUGGAGAAAUAGGGUUGUGGGCGGUCCGAACAGUGGUGCAUGACGCCGCCUUCUUUGGACACACCCUGCUGCUGCAGCAGCUGAUACAGAGCGGGGCACCUGUCAACAUCGUUAACUUGGACAACAUCACCCCCUUACAUGAGGCCUGCAUACAAGGACAGACCCAGUGCGUCAGGCUGCUGCUGGAGGCUGGAGCACAGGUAGAUAUACGCACCGUCCACGGCAGCACUGCACUGUGUAACGCCUGCGCUGCAGGAAGCCCAGAGUGCAUCAGGCUCCUGCUGGAGUACGGAGCCGCUGCCAACCCCACUCUGACUGCGCUAACCGCUACUCCCCUCCAUGAAGCCUGCAUACGAGGUAGCGUGGAAUGUGUGCAGCUCAUGAUCGCAGGGGGAGCGCAGCUGGAAGUGUUCGACAUCUACUUUGGGACCCCCCUGCAUGCGGCGUGCAUGAAGCAGCACGUGGACUGCGCCCAGGCGCUGCUCAGCGCAGGGGCCAACGUCAACGCGGCCAGGUUCCACGAGACGGCGCUGCACAUCGCAGCCAAAGAGAACAACGCGGAUCUGAUCGAGAUGCUGGUGGCGCUCGGAGCGCACGUGCACGCCAGGGACAACCUCGGCAGGAAGCCCAUCGACUACACCAGCCCUGGGUCUCCAGCGGCCCUGUGCCUGGAGCUUUCUGAAUGUACCCCUCCGAGCUUGCAGCACCUGAGCAGGCUGGCUCUGUGGAAUGGCCUGGGCAAAAGAAUGCUGCAGGUGGUGUCCAAAGUUGGCUUACCUUGCCGCAUACUCAGCUACCUCUACUGCUCCUGAAAAAAAAACCCCACCUGCAACAGCUUCCCAUCUCACCUCAACUACCUCUACAUCCACACCCGAUCCUCUGUAGACGUUUGCACUUUAAUCCUACACAAUGAACACAGGCGGAUUAACCAAGCAUUGUCAUUAAAAAAAACGAGGACUUUACCUGUCAUAAAUUGCCUGUACAAAAAGAAUUGUUCAAAAGUGACGUUGUGAUUACCUUGUAACUACAAAAAGACCUUAAGAAAAUGGUUUCUUGUGCACAACAUAUCAUAUUGUGGUCAAAAUGUGUUGUAAUACAGAUACGCUAUACACUAUUUUCCCACAAAACUUGCGUUAAAGUCGACUCAAGUAAGGAGGGUGGUACAAAAAUAGGAAAAGUUGCCAUGAGCGUGCACCAGAAAAAAACUCCAGUUCCCAGAAUUAGUCUACUCGUAUCUCCAUCCGUCCAAAUGAGCUAUCACGUGACGGAGCAGCGCAAUAACGAUGAACGCGAUUUAGUUAUGUAUUUUUCCAUAGCAGAUACUUUUUUUUAGCGUGCAUCGGUUUGCGUAAACUUGACGGAUACCAUGGAAAUCGCGACAAGCAGACCUAACUUCUUUGGAGAAAUAGGUGAGUUCAUUUAAGGGAACCAGUCGGCUCCGACCCGACUGUUUACAAAUGCUAUCGCCCAUGACCUCAUACUCGGAGAAGCUCGCUGGGGCACGCAAUGUUCCUCGUUCACAUACACGCCAGCGUUGAUUGCCAGUAGUAAAUCUCUACAUUCUCCUCUCCUUUUUGGUGACCUAGCAGUUAAUUAUUCAGAAUAUGAUCGGGGGUCUCGGAUUUAAUAUGUGAGGGCAUGGAGUAUGGAUUAUUAUAGCCUUGUUGAAGUAGGCUAUUUGUCUGAUACACUUGUUAUAGCUAUGUGAAUACGCUCAAUAUUUAUAAUUCCGUUUAACUUCAUAAUUCAGUUUGAAGGGGCAGAAAUGUAAUUUUGUGUAUUAUGUAAAAUUAUAUUCGAACAGUGAUGCAAAUAUAGGUAACAGGAACGGCAUUGCAAUUUUAUUUUAAAGCAGUGUCCUCUUGUGAAAUAAUUGUAUCGAAUUAUUACUGUAUUCCUGUAUAUAAAUAUACCAGUUAUUGUGUAUUACCGGUA